AAAUUCCUGCAGCCAUCAAAUCCAGGCAGCAGAUUGCCAGAAAGGCCGCGACUUUUCUGACUCCCACCGAGGUCGCAUUUGUUCCUUCAAUGUCGGAGCUUGGUCCUGACUCCUGUGUCUCCUAACUCUGUGUGCCAAUUCGAGACAUUGUGCUCCCUCCCUGCCCCGAUCUUUGCGGGUCAAUUUUCCACUUGCGCAGCCUUUCGGUUCCCCCCCUUUGAGAAGCACUUUCUCUGACGUUUUCGGUUCGGGGUCGUUUGUGCUCUUUGUCCAACGUUCGGUACCCCGCGUAAUACCAAAUUCGGGGUUCGGACUUAACUCUCUACCACCUUCGCCCUGGCCAGCCCCCCGCGCCCUUUGACGACACGACACCUCUUGGGCCGUCGGCCAUUGCAUCUCGUCCUGCGAGACGACUUCUCCAGAAACACCCACCCCCAUCCUCUGCCCUCUUCAAUUCAAGGACGGCGCAGAACGACUCGGUCAAGAUGACGUCGUCUCAGAACCCACUCCAGGGACUCGUCUUAACUCCGCAGCAACAGAGUCUGUUGUUUGCCGCCCUCAACUCCAAUCGCCCGAACAAUAGCCCAUCCAACGCCGGCUUCAACAUGUCGCCACUCACGUACAAUGGGUCGCCCGUCCAGCGAACAGAUGGUCUGUCGACCUUCAACAGCAGCCCCGAUCUUGACUAUGACUAUGAUUACGCUGGACCCGAUUCGAGCUUUGACUUCCCCUUCGACGACGCCAACCAACCCAAAAUGAUUGGCGAUCUGCCCGGCGCUCAAAGGGCGCCUAAGUCCACUUCUCCCGAUUCAGAGUCGCCAGAAAAGAGAAGUCACCCCGACGACGGGGAGAGCUCUGGCGCCAAAAGGCGGGAGAGCGAAGAAAAGGUGGCCAAGAAGCCAGGCAGGAAGCCUCUUACGACGGAACCUAGCUCGAAACGGAAAGCUCAGAACAGGGCCGCCCAGCGAGCGUUCAGAGAACGCAAGGAGAAGCACCUGAAAGAUCUGGAGAAUAAAGUCCAGGAGCUGGAGAAAUUGUCCCAGGCCGCGAACAGCGAGAAAGAAGCACUCCGUACCAAGGUUGAGAAAAUGACGGUCGAGCUGAACGAGUACAAGAAGCGAUUGUCGUUGCUCUCGAGUGGUCGGCCUGUUCAUCAGGGGCCAGCCGCGCCCACCUUCGGCAGCUCUUUCCUGAACAACCUAAACGACGUCAACUUCCAGUUCGAGUUCCCCAAGUUUGGUAGUCUCCCGGGGCCGCCUAUCAGCAACACAAAGAAGUUGUCAACGACAUCGUCGCGGGCAUCGACGAAGAGCAGCAUUGAUCAUCGCAGCCCGAGUGAGAGUUCACAAGACGGUAUCAGCCCGGGUAAUUCCAGCUCUUACAGUCAGAUCGCCUUGGAUUCUCAGACCAAGCUGGACCUUGCUGCUCUCUCUUCUGGGCUCUUCACGCCGCCACUCACCAACGGCCAUGCCGCCAACGGCUCAUCAGUUAGCAUGGAUUCCCACUACAACAUGGGCGGCGCCACCACACACAGCUCGCCCUCUGCCUCCUCGAACUCCCACAUGGGCGGCCCGAGCUCUUCAUGCGGAACUUCGCCGGAACCGUAUACUCAGUCACCUUUGGGCUUCAAGCCGGUGGAUACCCUCGCUACGAUUGGGGAGGAACAUCCGAGCCUCAACAACCAAGCUCAAGACUUUGGCACUUUCGCUAGUGCAGGCCUGGAUGGCUUCAGCCAAUGGCUUCCCCAGAGUGAUUUCCAGUUCGACCCGCAACUGUUCGGGGACUACCGCGACCCGCAAGAGAACAUUUUAUCGAACGGUUUCGAUGACAGCUUUUUCAAUGACGCGUUGGAUGUAGACUUCGUCACACCAUUCAACCUGCCGAUCACGAGUCCACCAGCGCCCAAGAAGGAUCUCAUUGCUCAGAUUGAUGCUGCCAAGAAUGAUGACGAGCCCAUCCAGUUGCUGAAAUGCAAUCAGGUUUGGGAAAAAAUACAAAAGUGUCCCAAGGCUCAGUCGGGUGAUUUUGACCUAGACGGGCUUUGCGCAGACCUUCAGAAGAAGGCCAAGUGUGAUGGCACCGGCCCGGUCAUCAGCCAGGAGGACUUCCAGGACGCUGUCAAGAAGUAUCUGUGCAAGGACGAGGAAACGACGGCUGCCGUUGAUGCGGCUGCCAAACAGAUGCAGUCGUCGACAAAGUCAAAGGCUUGA